AUGAAAGUUCGCAUGCUUUCAAGAAAUCCGUCAGACUUCCGACGAGAAACGUCGGAUGAUAUCUUCAAAAUUCCCCGAAACUAUCACCCAUCUGAGCAUCCUUUGUCCUCUGAAAGGGAAUAUGUCCGAGCCAUUAACUCUGCAAAGUUGCAACGGAUGAUGGCUAAACCUUUCUUAGGCUCAUUAGAGGGAACUACCGAAAAAAUGACUUGCAUAUCACUGAACUCAGAAACGCUAGGUCUUGCUGUGUUUGGGACUGCAGAUGGAAAGAUACAAUACUGGGAUAUUGCCAACCGUCGGCGUGUAUUCGAACAGAGGGCUCAUGAUGGUGAAGUACGCGGAGUUUCUCACUGCAACCGUUCCAGUUUGAUGUAUACUUGCAGCCUUGAUGGACAGUUGAAACAGUGGCGCAUGGAUCAUGAUAACAUCGAUUCCUCUUGGUCAUCACCAUUGACUUCUGUCCUGCUAAAGUGGGCCCCAUAUUGCAUAGACCACCACCCCACUGCCGACGAAUUACUCAUUGGAAGCUCGGAAUCUUGCCUGCUGUACAAUGCGCAACGCAUGGACGUCCCCAUUCGCGAAUGGACCUGGGGUCAAGAGCCUGUUCACUGCGCCAAAUUUAAUCAAGUGGAGCACAACGUUAUAUGUGCCCUUUCGAAGGACAACUCUCUGAUGUUAAUCGAUAGCAGGAAUGACCAACCCACCAGAAAAGUCAAAAUGGACAUGAAACUGAACUCCUUCUCUUGGAAUCCCAUGGAACCGUACGUCUUGACGGGAGCUUCGGAGGAUUACAAUGUAUACACGUUCGAUGUUCGUUACUUUAAAUUCCCUCGUCGUGUUUAUCGGGGCCACGUGAACGCAGUUUUAGAUAUUGACUAUUCUCCAACGGGACGUGAAUUCGUUACCGGUAGCUAUGACUCCACGAUUCGACUUUGGCAGACAAGUGAUGCCGAAUCGUUCGACGUAUAUCACGGACGCCGGAUGAAAAGGGUGCUAAGCGUUCGUUUCACAUUGGACAGCAAAUUUGUGAUUUCCUCCUCUUCCGAUCAGAACGUUCGAAUUUGGAAGGCACAUGCUAGCGAAAAGAUUGGUCCUAUGCAGCCUAGGCAGAGAAAUGCAUUAAACACCGCUGAGGCACUUAGGGACAAGUUCAAAGACCACCCGGAAGUGCGAAAGAUCCUGAAGAAACGGCAUUUGCCGAAACCUGUGUUCGCGGCCAACCGUGAGCACGCUAUUAUCCGGGCUAAGAAACGAAGGAAAGAACGAAAUAUUCGCAUUUUCAACAAGAAAGACAUUCCUUAUGUCCCAGAAAAAGACAAACAUACUGUGGCACAGUACAAGUGA